CAGCUUGCGAAAUAAACCAUUGAGGCCCUCAGCCCCUCUUUUUUGGGGCCCAAGUGAUAAAAACAAUGCAAUAUGCAUGGACCUACAUCUAAUACUGAGAAAAGGAAGGGUUCUCUCUCCCACAAAAGUUCAACUCCUUUCCUCUUUCUUUUACUCUUGUCUCCUUUCACACCUGCGCUCUAAUUUUUUUUAUUCCUUUACUUAUUUUCAUUCUCUUAUUUAUUUCAACAUUACUCAAAAGUUCAUUCAGAAACAAUGUCCAUUAACAAAGGCAAUGUCGGUCUUGUGAUCGGCAUGCUGGUCGCUGGAACAGCAAAUACUAUCAUUACCAAGUACCAAGAUAUGGCCUGUGUCGAGAACUGCGACAAUCCUGAUCCUAAUACGCAUGAGCACUUUGAACAACCAAUCUGGCAGACCCUCAAUAUGUUUAUUGGUGAGACCCUCUGUCUAGUGUUUGCCUCUGUCUGUGCUUGGCUCGCAGAGAGAUAUGGUCGUGCCAAAUGGGCUGAAUUGGUCCUUGAUGAUGAAGAGGAGGAAGUUCCUGCUGUGAUUGAGUCGGAUGGUUUGAUCGUGCCUCCUGCACCUCAUGGCCAUGCUCACCCAGGUGCUGCCAUCAAGAAGAAAAAACUCGAAGGCAUUUAUGUUUUUUUGCUUUGGCUGCCAACCCUCUGCGAUAUGACAGCAAGCACUCUGAUGAAUGUUGGCUUGAUUUACUGUGCUGCAUCCGUCUAUCAGAUGCUGCGUGGAGCCUUGGUCAUCUUUACUGGAAUCCUUUCCGUUAUCUUUUUGGGUAGGCGUCUUCUAGCGUUUGAAUGGUUUGCGCUCUUCACCAUUGUUGUCGGUAUUGCCACCGUGGGAUUAGCUUCCGUCAUUGCCCAGAAAGACAAACCCCUUAUUGAUGGCGACAAUGAUCCUGAUUCCGAUGAGGCUAUCAAAGCUGCUAAAGCCAUUGUUGGAAUCUUCCUAGUCCUAUUUGCACAAGUCUUUACUGCAACCCAGUUUGUGAUUGAAGAAAAGUUCCUCUCUGGCUUCCAUAUUGCCCCUCUGCGUGCGGUUGGUUAUGAGGGCCUUUUUGGUACUCUCACUGUCUUGGUUGCCAUGCCGAUCCUCCACUUUACCAUUGGUGUUGCUAACCCUGGCUCGUACUUUGACUUGAGCGCGGGAUGGGAGCAGAUUACAUCAUAUCCUCAGAUCUGGAUCCCUGCUAUCAUCAUGUUGUUCAGCAUCUCCUCAUUCAACUUCUUUGGCAUCUCGGUCACCAAAACCAUUUGUGCGACAUCUCGCUCGACCAUUGAUUCGUGCCGGACGCUCUUCAUCUGGGCCAUCUCGCUGUAUCUUGGAUGGGAGAAGUUCCUCCCUCUGCAAGUUCUUGGCUUUGCCCUGUUGGUGUAUGGAACCUUUGUUUUCAAUGGCGUCGUCAGACCUCAUGUAUUCGCGCCUCCAAAGGCAGUCCAUCCUGACGAAAACCGCCCUCUAUUGAACCCUGAUGCAUAAGUUACCACUAGAUAGUGACACCUUUUCAGCAUUCUCCCACUUGUUUUUUUUUUGUUUUUUUAUUUACACGUGUUUUCCUCUGUUGAUAUAAUGCAAUGCGUUUUGUCCCUUCAAUGCGAUACCGACUGUUAUUCUGUUACUCUUUUUAUUGGUUCUCCUCUCCUUGUUCCCUUAUUGAAAUAAUAAAAAACCAUGUUUUUGAUCUUGAU